AUGUGUUUAGAAAGAUGUGACAAUUCUAAUAAGUGUGUAUUUAUGAAUUUACGACUCUGUUUUACAAUACGCAUAUGACGUUAUGACGAUCGACCCCAGUUUAGUUAAUCUAAAACACUUGAAAAGAUUUCCUGAAGUAAAGGACAAGUUCGUAUGGCGAGCAGAUUGGGGUGCGGAUGAGCCAAAAGCGCGGGAACAACUCAAACUACCCGUGGAGGGAGUUCUUCUGACCUAUACUGAGACUAAACCUUGCAAGACUAACGAAGCAUGCAUCAGAACUGUCAAACAGCUCCAGCAAGAUCAGAUGGCUGCUGGUAUGGACGACAUACAGUGGAAUUUCCUGGUUGGAAGUAAUGGAAUGAUCUAUGAAGGCAGAGGAUGGGACGUUCUACCAGUAAAAUCUCCGAAAUAUGCAAAAUGGGAUGGGAGAACAUUCGACAUAGCUUAUAUCGCUAACAAGAAACGGCAAGUAAACGAAGACAUGAAAUUCAUAAAAGGGCAAUUAAUCAGAUUUGCCCUAUGGGAACUUUUGAUCAAAGAUGACUUUAAGUUCGUAGAAGACAAAGUUGACAGGAACAAGAUCAAACAAAAAAUGAGAGAGGCAGAGGAAAAGAAGAGGAAACUCAAGGAAAUGAAAGCGAAGAAAAAACUAGAAAAGAUAAAGAAGAAAGAAAAAGAGGAAAAGGAAAAAUGGACGAAAGAGGAAGAGGAGUACGACGAAGGAUGAUAAGUUUACAUGGUAGCGUAAUAUGUUUGCAGUUUUUUUUUUUAUAUCACUUGGUAAGUCGCUGUUUUACAAGUCGGUACAACUUCGUUUUCCAUUGUAUUGGUACUAUAUAAUACAAGUAUACUCGUUAAUAUAUUAUACGUAAUUUGUUUUAAAUUGU